AUGGCGGAACAGCACGGAGGGCUGGAGCAGGCUGCCGCUGGCAAGAGCCAUGGAGGCCUUGGGGGCAGCUACAAGGUGAUCGUGUACGAAAUGGAGAACUUCCAGGGCAAGCGGUGUGAGCUCUCCACCGAGUGCCCCAACCUGACAGAGAGCCUGCUGGAGAAGGUGGGCUCCAUCCAGGUGGAGUCUGGGCCGUGGCUGGCGUUCGAGCGCAGAGCCUUCCGCGGGGAGCAGUUUGUCCUGGAGAAGGGGGAUUACCCUCGCUGGGAUGCCUGGUCCAACAGCCACCACAGUGACAGCCUCCUGUCCCUCCGGCCUCUGCACAUCGAUGGCCCAGAUCACAAGCUGCACCUGUUCGAGAACCCAGCCUUCAGUGGCCGCAAGAUGGAAAUAGUGGAUGACGACGUGCCCAGCCUCUGGGCUCAUGGCUUCCAGGACCGUGUGGCGAGCAUCCGGGCCAUCAAUGGAACGUGGGUUGGCUAUGAGUUCCCUGGCUACCGCGGGCACCAGUACGUGUUUGAGCGGGGCGAGUACCGCCACUGGAACGAGUGGGACGCUAACCAGCCGCAGCUGCAGUCCGUGCGCCGCAUCCGGGACCAGAAGUGGCACAAGCGAGGGUGCUUCCUCAGCAGCUGAAGGGCACCCAGGCCCCAGUGGCCCAGGCCCGCCCUGGGGGGCAGCAGAGGCAAGAAGAGGAGGCUCCAGGGCCAGGGUGAUGAUCUGCCUGUCCCCCCUUCCCCAGAAUCUGCUCAAUAAAGCCUGGG